AUGGCCACCGCCAACCAGACAAUAGUGCCACCGACGGCACGGCCACCAGCAUCCUCCGCUCAGCCAGCCUACGCCUGGCCAGCAUCCUCCUUUGAGCUACCAACACGACGCUCUAGGAUUAGACCUUUCGUCAUACUCAUCUGCGCCAUCAUCCGAAUGGCCAAUGAAGUGAACCGACACAGCAUGCGAUCCCCUCUACGAGCCUUCCGGCCUUCGAGAUUUGUAACGGCAACCCUCGACGGCGAGGCUGGGGCGAGCACGAGCAGUGCGCGAGCAUGGACCCUGCCGUCUAAAAUCCUUCAGGUCGCCGAGCUGCGAUCCCAGGACGGCUGCAUCUGGCGGGUGGACGGCGCAGCAACCUUACCAGACGAGGCGUGCACCCCAUUGGUGGUGGUCCUUGGCCCGCUCUUCAAGAGGGCCAAACGGUUGACGGUGGAGGGGACCAAGCUGAAGUACACGCACAACCUCAUCCGUAGAGCGCACCAAGACGUCGAGGAGAAGCUGACAGCGUACCUCACCCACAUCGGCUCCAUGGAAGCCCAGAUACUGCAGCGCUACGACCCCAUGGAACUGGAGUACACAGCCACCGGAACAGAUCUGGUGGAGACGAUGGUGCUCGACGGCCUCUUCAUCAUCGAGGUGCUCAUCAACCACUGGACGAGGAAGAGAGACCAAGAGCCAAUCUCGGUAGAGAUGAAUAUGAUCGACUUCACUACACAACCGCUCAGAUGGGAGCCUAACGCACUUCGUUUGGACCUGAUAGUCGUCCAAAACCAGAUUCCCUUCUUCGUGCUGGAGAAGCUAUUCUGCAUGACUGACAUCCCCGAGCUUGGUGAGAAUCAGAAGAAGCCCACCAAGCUCAAACAAAUCAUACUUGAUUAUCUGAUCGGCGAUACAAAUGAUGCAGGACUAGCCGAUUACCAAGGCCCAGUAUAUCACAUCCUGCAUCUGGUGUAUUUAUACCUCACAUUUUCGAGAGCUUCAGCACUCCCGGUGAACAUGGACACGCGGACCUGGGACAAGUUGGCACACAAGGCCAUGGAUCUCCGCGCGCUUUUUAAGCGGACCUUCUCGUGCUCCUCAAACCUACUACCUGUUGGUUGGAAACAGUGGAAGGUGAUCCCCCCAUUGCGGGAGCUCGUUCGAGUUGGAGUGAAGCUAAAGAGGGCAGAGACAGCCUGGUUCGCCCAAGUAAAGUUCAAUAAGAAGGGAGUUCUAGAGAUCCCACCCUUAGCAUGGGGGCGGUAUCACAUUAGGCUGCUCACCAACCUGGUGGUUCUCGAGAUGUCUGGAUGGUGGCCUGCUGACAAUCGCCUUUUCUGUAGCUAUGUGAGAUUUAUGGCCGAGCUCAUCGUGAACAAGAAGGAUGCUACGCUUCUCUUCAAGAAGGGCAUCAUCCAGGAGAUCAACGAACAUGACAUCGACAAGAACUUGCUUAACCCAUUUCGAAUUCUUGCAGACUAUAGCCAUGGCUCCAAGUAUGAUUUCCACUUCAACGGCCUUGUUGACGGCAUUAUUAAGUGCUACCAGAAAUGGAGCAACGUCGAUGCGUAG